AUGUGUUCAAAGACGCGUGUACACCUUACAGAGGAUACCCACGUAGACACACUCACUCUCAACGAUGAAGAAACCGCGAUUGGCGAGAGACUUGGAAAUGUACUCAAGCUUAUGAGGCAGUUGACCGAGGACUCCUCCUUAAGACACACAUCCGUCUCUAUCCACUCCACUAACAAUUUCCCCACCGCUGCCGGUCUCGCUUCCUCUGCAUCAGGUUUCGCUGCACUCGUCUUUGCCUUGGGGAAGAUAUUCCUGCCAUCAUACACAAACACCCAGCUAUCGGCUAUCGCUAGGCAGGGCUCGGGCUCUGCGUGCAGGUCUCUCUUUGGCGGCUUCGUAGCAUGGAAUAUGGGUGAGCUAGACGAUGGCAGUGAUUCGAGUGCUGUUGAGAUAGCCCCGCAAUCUCAUUGGGAUGAUCUAGAUGCUCUCAUCUGUGUCGUCAGCGCGGAUAAGAAAGCUGUCCCCUCGACUGCUGGAAUGCAGAGGACUGUCGAGACUAGCCCUUAUUUACGCCAUAGAGUUGAUCACGUGGUGCCAAAACGUAUGCAAGAUAUUAUCGACGCUAUUAAAGCCAAGGACUUUGAUAAAUUUGCUGAUAUCACCAUGAGGGAUAGCAAUAGCUUCCACGCAAGCUGCUUGGAUACCCACCCACCCAUCUUCUACUUGACGGAUGUAUCGCGGUUGAUUAUCGGUAUGGUGCACGCACUCAACCAAGCCGCCGGAAGGGCUGUGGCUGCGUAUACUUUCGACGCUGGUCCAAAUGCUGUACUCUAUGUCCAGAGGAAGGAUACAGAGAUGGUGUUCGCGAUAGUCAGCGAUCUCUUUGGAGACGGGGCCACUGAUCACGCUGACCUCCUCAACCAAUCAGGAAUCAACAUAGACCUCUCCACCUUUAAACACCGCAACGGAUUGUCAAGAAUAAUAAAAACGUGUAUCGGAGAUGGGCCACGCGUAAUUUAA